ACCACCAGGCCGCCACGAGCCCGCGUGCCACUCCCACAAGCCCAUCUCUGUCUCUCCCUCCGCCCCGGCUACCAAAUCAAUUUGGGGAGAGGGGCAAGAAGCUCGCGCUCGCUUGUCUGCUUCGCUGCGUUCGUGGUGGUAGGCGGGGAAGGCUUCGUCGCGGCACGAAGCGGCGAGGUUUGGUGUUUUUAGAAUUGCCUAGGUGAGGUCCUGCUGCUUGGACACAGCCAUGGCCACCGGCGUGGCACCAGCUCCUCUCCCACACGUCCGGGUGCGCGAUGGCGGCAUCGGGUUCACCAGGAGCGUGGACUUUGCUAAGGUCUUAUCUGUUCCCGGUGUUGGCACGAUGAGGACAGGCUACUCGAGGGGCAGGGCGCUCGUGGUGAAGAGCUCGAGUACUGGUUCAGAUACCAUGGAGCUUGAGCCAUCAUCUGAAGGAAGCCCACUUUUAGUCCCCAGGCAAAAGUACUGUGAAUCUACACAUCAGACAAGGAGAAGGAAAACUCGUACUGUAAUGGUGGGGAAUGUCCCACUCGGUAGUGAUCAUCCCAUAAGGAUUCAGACCAUGGCGACUUCAGAUACCAAGGAUGUUGCCAAAACUGUAGAAGAGGUGAUGAGAAUAGCAGAUAAAGGAGCCGAUCUUGUUAGAAUAACCGUCCAGGGUAAGAAGGAAGCUGAUGCCUGCUUUGAGAUCAAGAACACCCUGGUUCAGAAGAAUUACAACAUUCCACUAGUGGCCGAUAUUCAUUUUGCUCCUGCAGUAGCUUUAAGAGUGGCAGAAUGCUUUGACAAAAUUCGUGUGAACCCUGGAAAUUUUGCUGAUCGCCGUGCUCAAUUUGAGCAGCUGGAAUAUACAGACGACGAGUACCAAAAAGAGAUCGAGCAUAUUGAGAAGGUAUUUUCUCCAUUAGUUGAGAAAUGCAAGAAGUAUGGGAGAGCAAUGCGCAUAGGAACAAAUCAUGGAAGUCUCUCUGACCGCAUAAUGAGUUACUAUGGUGAUUCUCCACGAGGAAUGGUUGAGUCUGCUUUGGAAUUUGCUAGGAUAUGUCGGAAGUUGGACUUCCACAACUUUGUAUUUUCAAUGAAAGCUAGUAACCCUGUUGUCAUGGUCCAAGCAUAUCGCCUGCUUGUUGCAGAAAUGUAUAACCUAGGAUGGGAUUAUCCAUUGCACUUGGGUGUUACAGAAGCCGGAGAGGGUGAAGAUGGAAGGAUGAAGUCUGCUAUUGGCAUUGGAACACUUCUAAUGGAUGGCCUGGGUGACACAAUCCGUGUCUCCCUUACGGAACCACCAGAAGAAGAGAUCGAUCCUUGCCGGAGAUUGGCAAAUCUUGGGACACAUGCUGCAAAUCUUCAAAUCGGGGUGGCACCAUUUGAAGAGAAGCACAGGCACUAUUUUGACUUCCAGCGUAGGAGUGGUCAGUUACCUUUGCAGAAGGAGGGUGAGGAAGUUGACUACAGAAAUGUACUGCAUCGUGAUGGCUCUGUACUGAUGUCAGUUUCACUGGACCAGUUGAAGGCUCCUGAGCUCCUUUAUAGAUCCCUUGCAGCGAAGCUUGUGGUUGGCAUGCCUUUCAAGGACCUUGCUACUGUAGAUUCCAUUCUUUUGAGGGAGCUCCCCCCUGUAGAAGAUGCUGAAGCUAGGCUUGCACUCAAAAGAUUAGUUGACAUCAGCAUGGGAGUGUUGACCCCCUUAUCAGAGCAGUUGACAAAACCACUCCCACAUGCAAUUGCGCUUGUCAACCUUGACGAACUAUCAAGUGGGGCUCACAAACUUUUGCCACAAGGUACUAGACUUGCUGUCACCCUUCGUGGAGAUGAAUCAGACGAGCAGCUAGAUAUCCUUAAGGGUGUUGAUGAUAUAACAAUGCUGCUACAUAGCGUUCCAUAUGGUGAGGAGAAGACUGGCAGAGUACAUGCUGCUAGGAGGUUAUUCGAGUACUUACAGAACAAUGGCUUGAACUUUCCUGUAAUCCAUCACAUAGAGUUCCCUAAAACCAUUGGCAGAGAUGAUCUUGUCAUUGGUGCUGGGGCGAAUGUUGGUGCUCUCCUAGUCGAUGGUCUUGGUGAUGGUGUACUUCUUGAAGCUGCUGACCAGGAAUUUGAGUUUCUGAGGGACACAUCUUUCAAUUUGCUUCAGGGUUGCAGAAUGCGCAACACAAAAACUGAAUACGUGUCUUGUCCUUCAUGUGGGCGAACACUUUUCGAUCUCCAGGAAAUUAGUGCUGAGAUUAGGGAAAAGACCUCUCAUCUGCCAGGCGUCUCGAUCGCGAUCAUGGGUUGCAUUGUCAACGGGCCAGGAGAGAUGGCCGAUGCCGAUUUCGGAUACGUUGGAGGCGCUCCUGGAAAGAUCGAUCUUUACGUUGGCAAGACCGUUGUGCAGCGCGGCAUCGCCAUGGAAGGUGCCACCGACGCCCUGAUCCAGCUGAUCAAGGACCACGGCCGAUGGGUGGACCCUCCCGCCGAGGAGUAAGGGCUGUAGCUGCCCAGCCUCAGUAGUUUAUAUUCUGUAAAAAGUGAAACACGCAAUGCGUGCGGUAACUGAGCAUACAGAUACUGUGUACGUAUUCACGUUGAGUACAUCGUCCCUGCACUACACAUUUUGUAGCGCGUACAUCUAUUAUAUUAUUCAGAAAUAAUUAAAAAUUAGAAAUAGGGGGUGUGACCGCAGGUUUGCAGCAUCACGGUAUACGUGGAAAUAAGAUUGUGCUAAUAUCU